UAAUAUCGUUUUUAUCAAAAACAUCGCGAAGUUUGAUGAAAUUUUCAGUAAACAAAUGCUAAAGCACUAAUCUCUAAUACAAAUAAAUCUUGAUAUAGUUUUAUGAGAUUUCGUGUAAAAUUACGAGGAUUUGCAUAUAAUUUUAUUAUUAAACUAAGCGAUUAGUGUAAAAUAUGGUAGAGCUAUCGGUACUUGAUGUAAGAAAAUUGAUUCAUUUAUUUGUUGAAAGUUUGACUUUGCAAGUAUCAUCGAAUUGCAAUAAAAAACGGGAUAAAAUCAAUUUUAUAUCUUGCAAAGAUAUUUCUUAUCAAACGAAUCUAGAAUUGCUGAAAAUCGGCGAGAACUCGAAAGAUAUUGCGACGAAUAGCAUUUUAGAUAUUACCGAUGUGCAGAGUGUACGUCAUUUUAUCGAGACACAGACAAAAUUUCUCGACAAGUUUUUUUAUCUGAAUAAUAUUCCAAUAUUGACAUGCCAUCUUGAUCACAUUAAUAAAAAGAUAGUUCAGAAAAUCCACGAGGCAGAUAAAAAUAUGGAAAAAUGCAAGACGAAAUGUAACAAAAACAAAUUUUUACAAAAACAAAAAUUGAAGCGAGUAACUACAGAAAAUAAUCAGCAAAUCUAUGAUGCAAACGUGACUGAAAUAUUAUUAGUACCAGAGCAGAUACAUAAAGAUUUACUAUUUGUAAAAAGAACAAAUGCUUGUUUGAAAAAGGAUAAUUUCGCAGAGAGUAUCACUGAACACACAUGGCAAGAGACAAUGUUAAAUGAAGAAUAUCUGCAAUUAUAUAUUAACAAUUUGGAAUUUAUAAAAAAAGUGCAUGUUACAUUAUAUGUAGCUAGUAAGACAUUGCACGAUGUAAAGUACCAUCCAGAUAUUCCUCACAAUGAGAGAAUAUUAGAUUAUCGAGAUAUAUUAAUGUUGUGUGAACAUGCCAUUCUAUGUUUCAUUGAUCCUAGUAAAAAGGCUUUUGUAUACAUGGAGGAUAAUCUAUCAGUUAUUAUACAAAAGCAUUUGUUGCAAGGAUGUGUGUAUCAUUUUGAUUUUAAAAGUGAUACUAAAGAUUAUUAUUCCGCUUUACUGAUUCUAAGCAAAUGGGCCAAGCCAUUGAUCAGGCAUUCAGAUACAACAAUAUUGCGUGCAAUUUCCUCUAUAUUAAGAUGCAACGACACAUUGAAAAAUGGCAAGCGAAGAAAUAAUAGAUGCUAAUAAGAAACCACAGCCCGUGUUUAAAAACCGUUCGUUUCAACAGAAAUUUCGACCGACCAGCAAUAGUGGUAAAAAACGCACUUGGCGUUCGUUGAAGCAAGUUUUGGCUCAGGAACGUUCGUUACCAUGGCCAGUGACAGUAA